AUGAUGUCAAUUUUGUCUGUUUCAGGUAAAAAGAUCAUGGCUAUUGAGAACUUGCCAAUGGGGAUUUUGUUCUUCUCUCAAACAACUGUUGGGAUUCUUGGCAAUUGGUCAGUUCUUCUUCCCUAUGUCAUGCCUGUACUCACUGGAAAAAAUCUGAUGCCCAAAGACCAGAUUUUAAGGCAUCUGUCUUUUGCCAAUUCUUUGGUUAUUAUCUCAAGAGUAAUUCCUCACAUACUGGCACAGCUGGGCUUGCACAAUCUCCUGGAUGACCUUUUAUGUAAACUGACUCUCUACAGUAACCGAGUGUCCAGGGGCAUUUCCCUGCACUGCACCUGCCUCUUGAGUUGCUUCCAGGCAAUCACAAUCAGCCCCAGCAACUCCAGGUGCAUGAAGCUUAAACACACAAUCUCCAAGUACAUGGUUCAGUCCUGCUCACUCAGCUGGCUUGUGCAUCUGCUUCUAAACAGCAAAACAGCUAUAGAUGUGGUUGGAUCUGGUACUAACAAAAACUUUACCAUGAAAAUCAAGUUGGGGUACUGCUCAGCGUUUCUUUAUCACAAUGCUGCAACUGUACUACAUCUGAUAUUGAUUCGUUUCACUGAUGGGCUGUGUUUGGGUCUCAUGGUCUGGACCAGUGUCUUCAUGGUAGGCAUCCUCUACAGGCACAGGAGUCAGCUACAGUACAUCCACAGUGCCCAGCAUUCCCUCAGAGUCUCCCCUGAAGACAGAGCCGCAAAAACCAUCUUGAUUCUUGUGUGCACCUUUGUCCUCUCCUACUCAAUGUCUUUUAUAUUAGUUCUCUACACCACAUUAUUUAACAACCCAAAGCUGUGGGUAAUCAGCAUAUUUACUUUCCUGGACACAUGCUUCCCCACAUUUUGCCCAUUUAUCCUCAUCAGUAAUAAGCAAUCUGCUCCCAAGAGUCAUUUUUCCUGCUGUAGGUGA